UCUAGGAUAAAGUUUUUUACCCCAAAUUGUAAUAUGUCAGCAAUGACCUGUCAGUCUUCAAAUAACAGUUUUCCAGGAUAGCAUUCAGAGGGCAUCUUGGGCAUCUUCUGUGGGCCUUCUUGCUGUUAGUGUGAACAUGCAAGGACUGGAAACAGUCUAGAAAUUACAUGAGGCCAACUAUUUCUUUCAAAUCCAAGCCCAUUUGCAAUACAAUCUUUGAAUAGUGAUAACCCAUCUGGGGAUUCAGAGAAAUUUAUAAUACCUGAAAGUACUACGAUUGGAUUCUCACUUAUAAGCUUCUGUUUUUUCUGGGAUACUUCUUUCCCAUCAGCUUAAUUGCUUUGUCUGAAAUCUUUCUUUAUCGUCAGAUUAAUGGCCACCGAGACGACACAGUCUGACUCUGCAGUAAAUAAGUCUGUUGAUGAAAAAAUGGAAGGGCUUAGUGUUGAAAAGACUUUAGACGAUGUAGACAAAUUGAAAUCUCUUGACAGCUCCACUCCUACAGAUUCAAACGAUGCGAAAAUAUUGAAGGAAGAAGAGAUACCUGAUGUCAAAGAAAAUGGAUCAUUUAAAGAACAGAUCCUUCAAAAUGAAGGGAUUAAUAUUGAGCAGAAUGUGGAUGAGCCAGAGGUAUCAACAGACAUGAAUUAUCCUAUUUCAGAUUUGAAAGAGGAUGCAUUGAAGGAUGAAGAUACCCCUGAUAUUAAAGAAAUUGAAGCUCCAAAAGAACAACAGACCCUUGGGGCCAUGAAUGAAAAUGUGGAGAAACAAAACGUUGCAGAAACUGAAACGCCAAAAGAAACGGAUUUUGUUGAAGUUGAAGGAACUAAAAGUCCAAAGGAAAUAAAUGGAACUUUGGAAAAACAAGAGACUGUUGAGGUUGCAGAAGCUGAAAGCCCAAAAGAAACAGAUUCUAUUGAGGUUGCAGAAACUGAAGCUCCAAAGGAAACAGAUACUAUUCAGGUUGCAGAAACUGAAACUCCAAAAGAAAUAAAAAUUCCAGUGGAACUAAAUGGAGCUUUGGAUAAAACAGAGAGUGUUGAGGUUGCAGACACUGAAACCCCAAAGGAAACAGACUCUAUUGAGGUUGCAGAAACUGAAACCCCAAAGGAAACUAAAAUUCCAAUGGAAAUAAAUGGAAGUUUGGAGAAACAAGAGAUUGUUGAGGUUGCAGACACUGAAACCCCAAAGGAAACUGAUUCUAUUGAGGUCGCAGACACUGAAACCCCAAAGGAAACUGAUUCUAUUGAGGUCGCAGAAACUGAAACCCUGAAGGAAAGUAAAAUUCCGAUGGAAAUAAAUGGAACUUUGGAGAAACAUGAUAGUCUUGAGGUUGCAGAAACUCAAACCUCUAAGGAAACAGAGUUCAUUGAGGUUGCAAAAACUGAAAUUCCAAAGGAAAUGGAUUCUGGUGAGGUUGCAGAAAUUGAAAGUCCUAAGGAACAAGCUUCUGUUGAGGUUGCAGAAACAAAAAUUGCAGAUGAACAAGAUUCUCUAGAGGGUAAAGAAUAUAAUACCUUGAAAGAACUUGAAGGCUAUAAUGGUACCACAGAAGAAUCUCUGAAGGAUGAGGCAGAGGUGACCCCAGAUGUAACAGAAGAGAGCUCGUCAAAGAAAGAAGAGACUUCUACAGAUACACAACAAGAAGCACCCAAGGAAAAUGAAAAUUCCCACAGGGAUACCAUAGAAGAAUCUAUGAAGGAAGAAGAGAUUACUCCCGAUGUUACAGAGGAAAGCUCAGCAAAGAAACAAGAGACACCUGAAGCUACAGAAGAAGAAAUAUCCAAAGAAGAGGAAACUGCUCACGUAAAUACCAUAGAAGAAUAUAAUGAGAAAGAGGCAGAGGUGACUCGUGAUGUUAGUGAGGAAAGCUCAGCGAAGCAGCAAGAGAUUCCUGAGGUUAUAGGAAAAGAAAUAAUCGCCGAAGCUAUGCAAAAUGAAAUACCCGAGGAUACACAAAAGGAAAUACCCAUUACCAUAGAAGAAUCUUUCAAGGAGGAGACAGAGGUGGCCCCUAAUGUUCCAGAGGAGAGCUCGGGAAAGAAACAAGAGACCCCUGAGGCUAUACAAGAAGAAACCCUUAAGGAAGGGCAAACUUCCCACAUGGAUACCAGAGAAGAAUCUUCCAAGGAGUUGGCCCCUGAUGUUCCAGAAGAUAUCUCAGCAAAGAAACAAGAGACGCCUGAGGCUGAACAACAAGAUACCAAUAAGGACCAACUCCCAGUUGUCUAUGAAAAUGCUUCAAAGGUGGAAGGAGAGAAAUUGAGUAAAGAGGUUUCUGAAACUGCUGAUGCUGGUAGAGAAAUGGAAGUUAAGUCUGUAGAGGACCGAGAAAUUCCAAAUCUCACGGUGGAUCAGAAAUCCGGGACUGCAGAGGAAGACAGAAAAACUGAAAAUGUUUCUUCUACUACAUUGGCCAACAAGCCAAAGACUAAGUUUUCACUACGCCGUUCAACUGCCAUCUUUCGUAAUAUAGGAUCCAAGAUGACGCAAAUGAUGCAGAAAAUGAAGAAUUCUAUUACCAGAAAAUCAUCAAAUGAGAAGGCUACCAAGCAGGCAAGCUAGACCCAGGCAUGGAAAUCUGAAGAGAACUUUUAUUUUCACCUAAAUGAAUAGAUUGAUAUUGUGUGGUUCAUGAAUUUAAUUUGAGUGUAAUAAUUGUUUUCUCUUUAGUAAAAGCUUUUAUGCUUUCACUGAAACUAUAUCUACCCUUUGUGAUGAUAUGCAUCUUGUGAGUCAUGUAUUUUAGAUGAGGUCUGUCAAACUUGCUGUGAGAAAAGAAAAGGUAUGUAUAGGAGAGAGAUUGCAAGAAGUUUCUAUUGUUCUGUGUGAGGUAAACAAGUUCCCAUGUAAGUAAAUUGUAACAUGUAUUUGGUGUCUAUUCCAUAUUGUAUAUCUGUUCAUUGUAUCUUCCUAUAAUAGAAUUGAUAAGAUUCUUUUA